AUGGCAUCAGGUAACAUAUCAAUAUCGCCGUUUCUGUUCCAGCGAUGCUUUCAGCAAGCAUGGUCUGGGUCGCGACGGGUUCGCCUCAAGCCGGGAAAUGUCGACUAUAAGAAAGGAGCCGUUGAUGACAAAGAUGUUCUGCAGCUUCCACGAAGAAUUGGAAUCGCUGUCAGCGGUGGCGCUGAUUCCAUGGCUCUAGCGUACCUGUGUAAACAGCUGGAGCAAUCACCUGAGAUAUCUGGAGCAAUUUCCGUGACCGCAUUUGUAGUUGAUCAUCGUGCUCGCCCAGAAAGUACCGAUGAAGCCCAAAAAGUGGCUGGUUGGCUUCGUGAUAUGGAUAUCAAAACCCAUAUCUUAAGCCUGGACUGGUCUAAGUACACUACUGGCAAGAACCAGAAAGCCUCCAAAUCAGAGGCAUCUAUUCCUAUGCCGUCUGCUUUUGAGACUCAUGCCCGACGACUCCGGUUCCAAGCCCUUGGCUCAGCCUGCCAGAGAUUCCGUAUUGGAACACUUCUUUUAGGUCAUCAUCAAGACGAUAACGUCGAGACCACAAUCUGGCGGCUUUCCUCAGGUGCAAGAGGACUGGGUCUUGGCGGCAUUCCUGAAGUGGCUCGAAUCCCAGAAUGCCAUGGUCUUUAUGGGGUUUCUGAGAGUGGGUCAAUUCUUUCAAUGCCUUUCAAACCCGAAGAUAUCCCUGAAACCAAGAUACGUUUUAUUGGGCGAAGUCAAGGAACGAUUUCAUUCCCCGAUAAAAGCCCUAAAUCGAACUCUGAAAGCCCUAAGUCAGAGUACAACAACACUGCAUCAUAUAUCAGCCCUACAACUUCAUACAUCGCAAGCGGCGGUAUAUUCCUCUGUCGCCCUCUCCUCUCCUUCCCAAAGACCAGUCUGGUUGAAACAUGCCGCAAGAACCGAGUUCCAUACGUCUCAGACCCUACAAACUUCGAUCCAACUCUCACCCCCCGCAACGCCAUCCGCAGCCUCGUAUCAUCCAACUCUCUACCUCGAGCCCUCCAAUCCCAAUCUAUCCUCUCCCUAAUCCGCUCCAGCCAAGACCUCCUCGAAGACUCAAAAGAACUCUCCAACUCCCUCCUCUUAUCCCAAUGCCGAUUACUGGAUUUCAACCCCGGGGCCGGAUCAGCAGUAAUCCAAUUCCUAACCCCAAGUCUCGAAUCCAUCGACCCCCAAAUCGCUUCCCUAUCACCAUUCCAAACCAGACAAAUUCAAACUCUCGUCCUGCGCCGCAUCACGGAGCUGGUCUCUCCAUUCCCAGAUAAUCAUUUCGCACUGCGAAGCUACGAACCAAUGGUUUCCCGCAUUUUCCCUGACACAGAAGUCCCUCAAGCGACGGCCACAACUUCCACUCCCAAUGAUGGCGAACCCAAGAAACAAGCCUUUACCUUGGGCGGUGUCCUCUUCCAACCGCUCACCAACGAAGAAAACCACAAUAUAUGGCUACUGUCCCGCCAACCCUUCAUGAAAGGUCGGGAUCCAGUCAAACGGCUCUACGUCCCGCCACGGGGCGAAUUCACACCAUGGAGCUUAUGGGAUAAUCGAUACUGGCUGCGAUUUAGUCUCGAGCCUAGUCAUUCAACGGCAGACAUCCGGGGAUUGAGAAAAUCGCCAAAUCUUGACAUUUGUCUGCGACCAUUCCAACAAAGUGAUAUACAACGGAUGCGUAAAGCCGCUGAAGGGACGGGGCCGAAGAGCGAACGCGUUGUUGAUGCGACGGAAUUGAAAUUCUGGGAACAAACGCGUGCAUUACUGGCAAAUCAAGUACCGGCUUCGAUGCGCUUUACGCUUCCUCUUUUGGGGAAGGUGGAGGGUGGAUCUAAAGGGUAUUCGUUGGACCAGAUGGAUUUCCAGCCUUUGGCCCUACCUACCCUAGAUCGUCGGUUGCAGAACCAUGCAGCGGAAUAUGACUCUCGCAAGGAAGUGGAAUUGUUGCAUUGUGGAAAGCACUGGAAAUUGAAAUGGCAAUGGAUGUACAAAAGGAUUGACACAGAGGCGCUACGCCUGAUGGGCUGGCCCCUUGAAGACACCGAAGACGCUUAG